AUGCCGCUCUGGUCUGCUCUGCUUGACCGCGCGCCCCGGCACCGGCUUGCGCUCCUCGGGCUCGUCCUCAUCGUCGCACACUUCUGGUACCGCAAGAGGAGAAGCAUGCCGUUCGGUCAACCUCACGGCAAAGCUCGCAGGAUGCGCGCGAAGGGCGAGGAGUACGACUUUGAUGAGUACGACGUCGUCGUUGUGGGUGGAGGCACGGCGGGCGUCGUCGUCGCCGCGAGGCUGUCCGAGGACCCGUCCAUCCGUGUUUGUCUCCUUGAGGCCGGUCAAAGCUCGCUGAAGAACCCCUUCGCCACCAUUCCACUGUCCUAUUCGCGCCUCAUGCACACGCGUCACGAGUGGAAAAUGUUCACGGUUCCACAGCCUGACACCGAUGGCGGGCUGAGGUACUGGCCUCGAGCUAAGCUGCUUGGUGGAUGUAACACAUUCUUAACGCACACGAUCAGCUUCCACACCUGCGCGCCUGAAGAUUAUGACGAGUGGGCACGCCUGCAGAAGGGCCAGGAAGGCGCGGACCAGUGGGCAUACAGGAACUUCGACCAUUACUUGAAGAAGUUUGAGGGAUAUCAACCCAACGCCCUGUACCCCGAUGUAGAUUUGACCCUCCGAGGAACCACGGGUCCUGUUCAAACUGGGCUGCACAGUUACACUUCUCCUACCACUCCGAGGUUCAUACAAUCGUGCGAGGAGAUAGGCAUCCCACUUGUCCCAGAUCUCAACACGUCCGCAGGCUCCAUGGGGGUUUCCAAAGUGAGCUUCACGUUGACGUAUAUAACUCCUCGCGGAAGGAGGUCGACGUCGGAGUUCGCAUACUUCACUCCAGAAGUGCUUGCACGGCCCAAUUUAACCGUCAUCACUGAGGCUCACGUCACGCGAGUGCUCUUUGAAACAACGGGAUCUGUUCCUCGUGCUGUUGGUGCUGAGUUUUCGCGGUGGAAGGGCGACAUCUUCCAGGUGAGGGCGAAGAAGGAAGUUAUCCUUUGCGCUGGUGCUGUACACACACCCCAGAUCAUGAUGCUUUCAGGAGUUGGCCCGGCAGAUCACCUCACGUUUCACGACAUCCCUGUUGUCGCUGAUCUCCCCGGCGUGGGGUCGAACCUCAUAGACCAUCCGGUCGUGGACUUCAACUUCCUGGACAAGACCGGUUCCAGCAUCAUCGGAAUGUUUGGAGACAAGCCGCAGCACAAACUCAAGCUUGUCAAGGAACUUUUCAAAUACAGUCUCUUGAGGAAGGGCAUGUUGACGGGACAGAUGGCGGAAGCGAUUGCGUUCGUUCGUGCCACAGAUCCCAGUCUAUUCCCGCCGGACAAGUUCCCACCAAGCGAGAUAGAAGACGUCUCGUCUGGACCAGGUGCUCCGGACAUCGAGCUGUUUUGCACACCCGCUGGGUACCUUAAACACGGCAUGGUCAAGAUGGAGUCCUUGCACUACUUUGCACUGCACGCAAUCUUGCUGCGACCAACGAGCACGGGCACGAUCCGCCUGCGCUCCAACAACCCCCGGGACGCGCCGCUGAUCGACCCCCGGUACCUGUCGACGGAGAACGACAUGGCGAUGCUCGUCCGCGCCGUCGACCUCCUCAAGCGCAUCUUCCGCACCGCGCCGUUCGCCGCGAUGGCGGACCCCGCGGGCGCGGCGCACCCGGACCUCGACCACGGCUUCGCGGAGCUCUCCGGCGCGGCGCUCGAGGACACGAUCCGGCGCAAGUGCGAGACGAUCUACCACCCGACGAGCUCGGCGCGGAUGGCGCCGCUCGCGGACGGGGGCGUGCUCGACCCGUACCUGCGCGUGCACGGGAUCCCGAACCUGCGCGUCGCGGACGCGUCGGCGUUCCCCGCGAUCGUGAGCGGACACACGGCGGCCCCGGCGUUUGCGAUUGGGGAGAAGGUGGCGGACCUGGUCAAGGCCGCGAUUGCGUCGAAGGUUUGA